CCAACCCCGGUGGGACGUUACUAUGCAAAGUUCCAAAUUCGCCCGAAUAGCGACGAAUAACGGAAGCCUCUCCACCGAUCAGCCAAUCAGCGAUCCCGUCGGGAGAAUCCAAAUUCCAAACAGGCGAAGGCACUCUCGGAGAAGAGAAAAGGGGACACAGAUUUCCUUCCGUCGCUUGUGUUUGUUUCGCCUCGAUCUCCCUCUCUGCUUCCCUUGAUCUCGUCGCUUCCUUCGUCGAGGUCCUCAUGGAAACCCAUCAGGCGAAUUGGCUGGAUCAUGCAGAUGGUUGCGUGCUGUGAAUUCAAGGCCCAGGGCAGUUUUUAGCUGUUUUAAAUGGGCUGUUUACAGUCAAAGGGUCGAAGGCAAUUCCCAGGAUAUGAGGACCCCGUUCUUCUGGCUUCUCAGACAGCAUUCACUGUCAGUGAAGUUGAAGCAUUGUUUGAACUGUUCAAGAGCAUUAGCAGUUCUGUGAUAGAUGAUGGAUUAAUCAACAAGGAAGAGUUCCAACUUGCAUUAUUUAAGACAGGAAAGAGGGAAAAUCUUUUUGCAAACAGGAUCUUUGAUCUAUUUGAUGUCAAGCAAAAAGGUGUUAUUGAUUUUGAAGAUUUUGUUCAAGGUCUGAAUGUUUUUCAUCCGAAUGCCCCACAUGAAGAUAAAAUUGAUUUUUCCUUCAAGCUUUAUGAUUUGGAUGGUACAGGUUUCAUUGAAAGGAAAGAGGUGAAGCAGAUGCUUAUUGCUCUGCUAUCUGAAUCUGAGAUGAGAUUAGCUGAUGAGGUUGUGGAGUCGAUCCUAGAUAAGACAUUCCAAGAAGCUGAUGCAAAUCAGGAUGGAAAAAUAGAUAAAGCCGAAUGGGAAACUUUUGUUUCUUGUAAUCCAUCAUUGAUGAAGAUUAUGACCCUUCCAUAUCUCAGGGACAUAACUACAACUUUUCCAAGUUUUGUAUUCUAUUCUGAGGUCGAGGACAUUGCUACAUGAUGAGUGUUGCCUUAACACAAACAAGGAGAUUUCAAAACAAUAAGGCAGCUGCUGCUCCAUGAAGUAAAAAAAAACAAACUACAUAUGAACUGAUUGCCAUUCUGUCAAAGUUUCUAGCCACAGCUUUAUUAUGCAUUUGCGUAUUGCGUUGAAUGACUGCUAGUGAUUUUAAUGCCCUCGCGAGUACUGAGGAUGAUAUCUAAACGCGUAUACAUAUGAUCUCUUAGUAACUUUAUCUCUGCCAAAUUUGAUGUGGAAGUUAUACAAGUUUUUACUUCUUUUU